CCCCGCUCCGCCCCGCUCCGCCCCGCUCAGGAGCCGGUGGUGGCGGCGGUGGCGGCGGUGGCGGCGGCGGAGGCUCGGUGCCGGGCUCUCCGCACCUGCUCGCCUGGCCUCGGGGGCCUGUCCGGCGGCCUUCGGCGCCCCCUCAGCGAGCCGGGCGGCAGGUUAUUCAGCAAUAGUUAUGAACUCCCGUUUACGAGCCUUAGGUGGGAGGAUAAAUAACAUACGAGCAUCAGAACUACCAAAAGAGAAAACCCGAUCAGAGAUAACCUGUAACGUUCACUUUUUGGAUGGCUCAAUACAAAGCUUCAAAGUCAAUAAACAAGACACUGGUCAGAUUUUGUUGGAUAUGACCUAUAACCAGCUGGGCGUGACAGAGAAAGAAUAUUUUGGUUUACAGCAAAAUGAAACGUCAGUAGAUUCACCUUUUUUCAUUUCACAGCGGUGGCUUGAACCAAACAAACCUAUUAGGAAACAGUUGAAAGGAGGUUUUCCCUGCACCCUUCGUUUUCGCGUAAGGUUUUUUAUACCUGAUCCUAACACACUUCAGCAAGAACAAACCAGGCACUUAUUCUUCUUACAACUGAAGACAGACAUUGUGGAAGGAAGGUUGUCAUGCCCCCUUAAUUCUGCUGUUGUCCUGGCAUCGUAUGCAGUACAGUCACAACUUGGCGACUACAAUGCUUCAGUACAUCGUUCAGGAUAUCUGUCCAAUUACAAUUUUAUACCAGAGCAGAACAAAGAUUUUCUUGCCAAAGUAGAAUCUCUACAUGAGCAACACAGUGGCCUCAAGCAAUCCGAAGCAGAGUCCUGCUACAUAAAUAUAGCACGAACACUUGAUUUCUAUGGAGUGGAAUUGCACAGUGGUAGAGAUCUCCAUAAUCUAGAUCUCAUGAUUGGGAUUGCAUCCAGUGGAAUUGCUGUAUAUAGAAAACUCAUCUGCACAAGUUUCUAUCCCUGGGUGAACAUAUUAAAAAUUUCCUUUAAAAGGAAAAAGUUUUUUAUACAACAACGGCAAAAACAUAAUGAGUCCAGAGAGCAUAUUGUUGCCUUCAACAUGUUAAAUUACAGAGCAUGCAAAAAUCUGUGGAAGUCUUGUGUAGAGCAUCACACAUUUUUUCAGGCAAAGAAGUCGCUACCUCAUGAAAAAAAGAUACUGUCACAUUAUUGGACUCUGGGUUCUAGAAAUCCAGCAAAGUCUGUAAACAGCCAGUACUGCAGAAAAGUCAUAGGUGGGAUGGUUUGGAACCCAUCUAUGAGGAGAUCUUUAUCUGUUGAGCAUUUAGAGACCAAAAGCCUUCCUUCUCGAUCCCCUCCUAUUACCCCUAAUUGGCGGAGUCCUAGACUACGUCAUGAAAUUCGUAAACCACGACACUCAUCUGUAGAUAACCUUACAAAUGAGAUUACCUAUAUUACUGAGACAGAGGAUGUUUUUUAUACAUACAAGGGCUCUCCAACAUCAAAAGACAGCGAUUCAGAGUUCUCUCAGAACCGUAGUCCACAGAGGAGGUCGUCGGAACAAGAAUCACCCAAGAAUGUGUUGGGAAAUAGUCCAACUCGGAAUUCUCUGACCCAUACCUCACCUAAAACCUUGGCUCAGUCUCCCAAUGGAGUUGGUAACAUUUCUGGCUCUUACCCAUUGGAAGGGGUGGAUAAACACUUCUUAGAAACAUAUGACAACAUUACAAAAAGUAGCUCAACAGAAGAUUCCGGUCAGUACUACUGUGAUAAGAAUGAACUAAUUGAGGGAGAUUUACUUUUGGUGCGAAUCACACCAGAUGAAGAUGGGAAGUUUGGAUUUAAUCUAAAGGGUGGUGUAGAUCAAAAAAUGCCAUUAGUGGUAUCAAGAAUAACUCCAGGAUCACCUGCUGAUAAAUGCAUUCCAAAACUGAAUGAAGGUGAUCAAAUAGUAUUAAUUAAUGGCCGAGAUAUCUCAGAGCACACACAUGACCAGGUGGUCAUGUUCAUAAAAGCCAGCAGAGAAUCUCACACGAGAGAGCUUGCACUUUUGGUCAGGCGGAAAGUAGUUAAACAGUUUGUGGAGCCUAAAUCAGAAGAUGAAGUUGAUUCCCAAAAUCUCCCAGAUUCUCUUCUUCCUAUUUGUUCUGAAUAUGCUGAUACUCUGGAGGAGUCUAUGGAACAGCUAAGGAAAGGACUGGAAAGUGGGACAGUACUUAUUCAGUUUGAGCAACUUUAUAGAAAGAAACCAGGGUUGGCUGUUACGUGUGCAAAGGUACCUCAGAAUAUGGACAAGAAUCGAUACAAAGAUGUUCUACCUUAUGAUGCCACAAGGAUAAUACUGCAGGGAGAUGAAGAUUACAUUAAUGCGAAUUAUGUGAAUAUGGAAAUUCCUUCUGUGGGCAUUGUGAACAGGUACAUUGCUACACAAGGACCUCUUCCUCACACAUGUGCACACUUCUGGCAAGUUGUCUGGGAUCACAAGCUGUCAUUGAUUAUUAUGUUAACAACUCUUACAGAACGAGGACGGACAAAAUGUCAUCAGUAUUGGCCUGAUCCACCAGAUGUAAUGGAAUAUGGCAGCUUUCGUGUCAGAUGCCACUCUGAAGAUUGUACAAUUGCAUAUGUUAUUAGAGAAAUGGUGGUUACAAAUGUUGAGACAGAACAGCAGCACAAUGUCACCCAUCUCCAGUACGUUGCUUGGCCUGAUCAUGGUGUUCCUGAUGACUCCAUGGACUUCUUGGAGUUCGUGACCUGUAUGAGACCAAAGAGAGUGGAGAAUGAGCCGGUCCUCGUUCACUGCAGUGCUGGAAUUGGUCGCACUGGUGUACUGGUCACUAUGGAAACAGCCAUGUGCUUAAUUGAAAGAAACCAACCUGUUUAUCCACUGGAUAUUGUACGAAAAAUGCGAGACCAGCGAGCUAUGAUGGUGCAAACAUCAAGUCAAUACAAAUUUGUUUGUGAAGCUAUUCUUCGUGUUUACAAAGAAGGUUUAAUUCGACCACUGGAUUCCAGUUAGCAGAGCAGUGAAGGAUGAAACUAUUUUCCCCUAAAAAGACUGCUUUUUAAGUAAAGCAGAGGCUUGUUUCUCAAAGCAACUAGAAUGGACUAGAAGCCCAUGGGAAGACAGAUGAGCACAUUUGAACAGUGGCACUUUAAAUUUCUCAAGAAAAUUGCUAUAUCGUGUACAGUAUAAAGAAAUCGUGUAGAUAAAUGAGAGCAAUUGUGUGUAAUAUGCUUUAUUUACAUAGGCACCAUAAACAAUCAUGGAAACCAUAAUACAUAUCUUAUCUUUCACUGCCUUAAAACACCCCUUUCUCUGGAAGUUACAAAGGUCCUUGGGUUCCUUUUGAAAAUACAAAAGGAAAACUACUAGUAUUGAAAUUAUUCAGUUUAAGAAGGUAUUUAGUAUCUUUGUAUUGUAUGGAAGUUCAUUGAAGGUGAAUCUGUACCGUUCUUAUUGGGACGCUAAAUAUUCAUGAGAAUGUAACCUUAACUUCAAAAGGCUGAUGAAAAUCUUCAAAGGCUAAUGCAUAACUACUGUACGUUAAGACCUGGAGAAAUUAGGUAUUCAGUUUCCAUAAAUCUAUUAGUAUGCCGGCUGUUAUAAUAUGCUGUAUCACUGUUUGUAAUGUGCAAAAUGAUGCUGCAUUUAUACAGGUGGUACAGUCUGCAUCUUCUCUUGAUAAAUUUUACUUGCAGUUUAUCCUUUCAACAGUGACCUAUUUCUUAGUGUUAGCUAUUGUAUUUCGUUUCUUUCUGUUUCUGCUGUCCUCCUUGACACUUGUUUUUCAUUGCUGUUUCCAUAUGUGGACUGAAACAUUUUAACCUAAAAUGAGGUUUUAUUCUCCUUCACCUUUGUUUCCAUGUGUAUUAUGAGUUCUCAGAUGUAAAUGUGGAUUCAUGUUGCACACGAGUACUAGACUUUUGACUUGCUGUAUAUGCAAAGUAGUCUAAUCCGAUACUGGAAGAUAAAUUACUACUGAACCCAUCAAAUAUGUUGCUGCUAAUUCAAGGUGUGAAGCUUACAAGGGCACGGGUGUUGCUAGUGUUCAGGUGGUGAUAAAACAUUGACUUGCUGCCCUUCAGCAAAAACUGUACUCUUACCCAGUGAAACAAUUCUCUGUUGCAAGAGUUCUCUGGAUUUUCUGUGUUUCUUGCUUUGUGGAAAUGCAGCUAAAUUCACAUGAAGAUUGACAUAGAAAGAGAGAAUGAGUUUGUACAUUGCUAAAUAAUUCACCCUAAGGUACACUGGUCUCCAUUUCAUUUCAAAUGGGAAAAUUGGACUUUCUGAACAAUAUAACCACAUUUGUAUGAUGUUAAUUUAUUUUGUGUGUGCUUUUUGAUUACCCUGAGAUAGUUCUUCAUUUUUGAAUGGUGUUUAAAAAAAAAAAAAGAAAAAAUCGAAGGGACUGUUUAAAACUAUGUUAUUUAAAAGAUUAGCCCUAAAUAAGGAAAAACAUUUGAGGCAUAUUAGCCAGAUGUUUAUAUGUAUAUAGAAGGAAAAAUUAGACAAUUUUCUUUUUAGAUAUAUAUAUAUAUAUAUAUAUAUAUAUAUUACACAUACACAAACUUUCAGAUAUAUUUUAGAACUAUGGUUUGUAUUAUGGAUAUUGUCAUAUAUCUGGAGUUUCAUUCUAGAAACUGCCACGGCUGUACAAUAUGCAUCUUUCAUGUUACCAGAAGGUUGUGUUUGUUGUUUGUUUUCCCCAGGAUGACUGAAAAGUGAAUGUAGUGUGUGAUAAAUUGCUAACCCUGGUCUCCUGUAGGCCUAGUCCUUUCUUCCAGGUUACAUUAUUAGUUAUAAGUAGAGAAGAGAAGAUACCUGGUUACUAUUUAUUGAUCAAAAGAGAGUUUUUUAGUUGGAACACACAGGCUCAUUGGCAACACAGAAAUCAUCUUGACUUUGUAGGUUAAAGUGUGAAUAAAUUUGUGUUCGUUCUUAUAUAUUGCAUUCCAGAUUCUACCUUUGCUAAAGAUUUUAUAGUGCACUGGGUUUUUAAAAUUCCUACUUAAUUGGGCACAGAUUGGAAGGCAAGAGACUAACUCUGGUUCACUCUUCACUUGCUAUACUGCAUCAGGCCACUCAGUCUACCUGUGGCAUCAAAUGUGGAAUACUUCUGGACCUGCACAUUUUGCUUGGGAAGAUUUUUUUGAAAAAUGCCUGUGAAAAGUUGUACAAGUACAACGUGUCUGCAAUUGUUUGGGAGAACACUGAGGAGUGAGAAAACGUGAGUAGUGGGCACUGAAGAAGCUGUGCUUGCUGGCUAGUUUUUUUAAAAAAGCUCUCUUUUGUAGUAACAUAUGUGCCUUUCUGUUAAAUCAUCAUCUUCUGAAGUUGUGCUGUGACCAGAUCUAAGAGUUGUUGCUUGCAGGUGGUAUGACUUGUAAUUAAUAGCUUGUCAAGAAGU